AUGCAGGUGCGCACGCCAGACACCUUCGAGUUCUCCGAUGUGCCGACCGUACCAACCGGCAUGAGCAGUGAUGACGACGAAGACGAAGAAGACGAUGUACCUGCUUUGCCCGCGCAGGACGCCAUUGACAAGUCGCACGUGAAUCGUGCGCCGCCCGCGUUCCAGCCGCACCGCACAGUCCCUUUCCGUGCGCCGGUGGGGGCGGCGACGAUGUACCGCGGAACGGUGGUUGUUGCGAUGCAGGACAAGGUCCGCGUGCUUGUCGUGCGUCGCGGCGCCGACUUCUCGCCAGAAGCACUCGAGCCGAGCUCGGAGCGGAUCGUGGCACAGAGUGCAGAACACCAUGCGCUACUUGGCUGUCCGGGCAACAUAUCAACGACAUCGCGUGAGCUGCGCGCUACCUCUUUGAUAUUCUGCCCGCCGGUCUUCGAUGCGCAGCGCCAUGAGGAGGGACGCUAUGUCUGGUACGGCACACCGUGCGGGCACCUGGGCGAGCUCGAUACGUACACAAAUCAUAUUACGACGGUACGCACAAACGUGCACAAGGCGCCCAUCUCCCUCAUCACGCGUCUGGGCCGUGCCAUUGUGUGUGUGGACGAAAGCGGCAAGAUCUCCACGUGGCUUGCGCGGUCUCAGCCACUGAGUCUCGCAUCUACCAACCCCGAGACGGUGCGCAUUGACUUGCCAAAGCACUCGCAUGUCUCUGUGGCUGGUAGCCUACUGUGGGUGGUUGUGCCCCGUGUAGGCACCAAAUCGAGCCAGCGCAUGCUGAGUGUUCGGUGCUACAGUCCCGUGUCGGACUCGCGGCCAUUCAAUGUCAUGGCGCGGCCGGGGCAGCACCCGAUGGGCGGCACCGACGGCCUCGGUAUGGUGACGUGCUCAGCAGCGCUCCCGGGCCUGCCCCUGGUCGUGUUCUUCGGGCACGAAACGGGUCACAUCACCGUAUGGAACACGCAAGGACAGUGCCUCGAUCAGGUGGCGCUGUGUCCAGAGCCUAUCCAUACCUUAGUCGGUGUACUGAACCUGAUUUGGGCCGGAACACGCUCGGGGCGCAUUGCUGUCAUGGCGCCGAGCACGACGAUGAACCGCAUGGUCAAAACGUGGCAGGCCCACCGCGACAGCGUCACGGACCUGCUCUUUGAUGCCUAUGGACUGCAGCAAGGACAGACGGAACUGGCCGUGUGCAGCGUGGGGGCGGACCAUUUCGUCACUUUUUGGGAUGCGCCGCUCUCCAUCGACUGGAUGCACACGGAGGUGAGCCAGCGAGCUGACACCUACUCAAGGUACCGCACACUCAAGGUGCUUACUACGACGUAUAACCUCGGCGCGGCGUCACCAUCGGACAUUUUUGGCAUGGUCGACAACAUGGACCUAUUCCAGCGCAUUUUGCGGUCGUCAUGCAGCACGAGUCCCGAGGGGCGCGUCACGGGGCCGGAUGUAAUUGUGUUUGCGUUCCAAGAGCUCAUUGAUCUCGAAGACAAGCGUCUCACUGCCAAGCGGCUCCUGCUGGGCAGCAACAAAUCGAAGAAAACACCGAAGACGGCGGAGGAGCGCGAUCGUCUGCCGAGCAGCUACCAGGCAUGGCUCGAUAAACUCGUGAGCUAUGUGCGCCUCGUCAUGCCGCCCGAGUCACCUUUUGUGGUACUGUCGGCGGAGAGCAUGCUGGGCCUUUUCACAAUUGUGUUUGUCAAAUCGGAAUUGCAGCCACGCAUCCGCCAGGUCGACAGCUACUUGGUCAAGACAGGCUUGGGAGGGCGCUAUGGGAACAAGGGCGCGGUCGUCACACGUUUUAUCGUGGAUGACUCGAGCGUCUGCUUCCUCAACUGCCACCUAGCCGCUGGACAGCGCAACGUGCGGCAGCGCAAUAUGGAUAUGGCAGAUAUUCUGCAGUCGACCAUACCAGGUGAGUUACAGGCGUACGACCCAUCAUUUGCCUUUGGCGGCGAUGGUUCCAUGAUCCUCGACCACGAAAUCUGCCUGGUGGCUGGCGACCUAAACUACCGCCUUGACAUGCGCCGAGAGCUUGUGAUCCAGCUAAUCGAGCAGCAACGCUAUGCAGAUCUGGUCAGCGUCGAUCAGCUGCUGCAGCAGAUGCGGGAGAACCCGCACUUUCGCCUUCGCUCGUUCCAGGAGGCGCCCAUUCACUUUGCGCCGACGUACAAGUUCAAUCGCCUCACGAACGAUUUUGACACCUCCGAAAAAGCACGUGUACCUGCAUACUGCGAUCGAAUCCUCUACCGCGGGCACCUGCCCAACGUUGUGCAGUGCACAUCCUACAAGCGAUGGGACGCGACGCUCUCCGACCACCGCCCUGUGUCGGCCACGUUUACUGUGCGCUCCAAGUCCAUCGACCCGCUGCUGUAUGAGCAGGUCGUGGCCAAGACGCGUGCUGAAUUUGAAAAACACUUGUGCCAGCUUGUCGAGCUGUGCUGCCAUUACUACCAGUGUAUAUAA